CAGAAAACAAUCCAUCUUAUAUGUAAAUCUCCCUCAACCUUCUACUUCACACAAAUUUGUGUGUGCAGAAAUGACAUCUUUGGUCCUCAAGUUUUGUGAGGUAGCAUUUUAACUUAAGACAAUGGCUGUUGUAACUUUGAAAAUGUGAUCAAUAAUUGAUUGAUUAUCUCUUUUGCUUCCCAGUCUUGAGUAUAUUGCGUGUUUGUCCUGUUUUGUUUAGUUAUGUGCUUUAACAUUCCAUUCAGCUUCAGCUAUUUUUACUCUUUAGAAUCAUGAAUCAGGGCUUAUAAGUAGUAGUGAAAUAUUGUGCACAGUGCUCCUUUUGUUUAUACAUUGUAAUAUAAAAAAACCGAACAUCCUCAUUUUUUAAAAAUAGGAUUUGGGAUAUACUGUUUUCAUUGGCGUGCGUGUCUUUCUACUCUACAGCUAAGUUGGAAUUGAUUUCUGUUAAGGUGAUUAUGCCUCUUUUUUUGCUGUGUCGGACAUAUCCUGAGCAUUAUUUGAGAGAGUACAAGGGAAAGAAAAAGGUGGAAGGAGAGGGAAAUGUCUAAAUUUCUAUAUGACCAACUAACAUUACUACAGAUUCUAGCUAUUUUGCAGAUUCACUCACCUGUACAGCAAGAAGUUUACAACUGCAAACCAUGUAUGAACAGCGAAAACCACACGAUGCUUGAAGAAAGCUACUAAGGUCUAAGUAGAUCAUACGAUGCAUGAAGGUUAUUGUCAGGAUGAGGCCUAUGUCCCGGGAUGAGGCCUAUGAUUUGCAGUGCUUUGUGAUGUUUACUGUUGUAUUUGAUCCACAGGAGCAAACUAAGCAUUCUGACCAACAGCUCAGUUAUCAGUGCCAGUGCUCUUUUCUUGAGAUAUACAAUGAGCAAAUCACAGAUCUGUUGGAUCCGAAUCAAAGGAACCUUCAGAUUAGAGAAGAUGUGAAAUCUGGUGUCUAUGUUGAAAGUCUUACAGAGGAGCAAGUGUCCACCAUGAAGGACAUCACUCAACUUUUAAUGAAGGGACUAUCAAACAGGAGAAUAGGUGCAACCAGUAUAAAUUCUGAGAGUUCCCGAUCACAUACUGUUUUUACUUGUGUUGUCGAGUCUCGAUGCAAGAGUGUGGCAGAUCCGCAGAUGGUGUGAGUAGAUUUAAAACAAGUAGAAUAAAUCUUGUUGAUCUGGCUGGGUCAGAACGACAAAAAUCAAUGGGUGCUGCCGGAGAGCGUUUGAAAGAAGCUGGCAACAUUAAUAGAUCACUCUCACAGCUUGGGAAUUUGAAAAACAUUCUUGCAGAAGUCUCUCAAACAGGAAAGCAACGGCACAUACCAUACAGAGAUUCAAGGCUGACAUUUUUGUUGCAGGAGUCUCUUGGAGGAAAUGCUAAAUUAGCAAUGGUCUGUGCUAUUUCACCGGCUCAAAGGUAGUAUGUAAACCACGGUGCUUUGAAAUAUUUUCCCUAGUAAUCCUUUUGUAUUACAAUUUCUUUACAUGACUUGGUGUUGCAGUUGUAGAAGUGAAACAUUCAGUACACUGAGAUUUGCAGUGUGCUAAAGCCAUCAAGAACAAAGCAGUUGUUAAUGAAGUUAUGGAGGAUAAUGUAAUCCAUUUGCGACAAUUUAGUACCUUGCUUAACUAAUUCUUUUAAAGAAAUCAUGCACUUAGUUUUCAAAUUCCAAAUAAAAAUAAAAUAAAAUCAUAACCUUGUAUUUCCACCAAUAUUUGAUCAUGUAAUUUGUGAGACAAAUCCAUUUUCACAAGAGCACGAGCAAAAUGGCCAAAUGAAUGCUUGCAUUAGCUUCAUGGAGGGGAAUUAUAAACCUAAGCUCCUUGAUGACAAACUCGGCAUCAGAUUCAAGAACAUUUUUUCUCAUAUUCAAAGAGUUUGUGAAAUCCAGAGCUUUCAAAACACCUCUAGCAUCUACUGCUUUUGCAUAUUCAAAAGGAAGAGGUUGGCCAAGCAGCUUUGCAUUGGAAAGGAUUGCUUUAAAUUCGUGCAGGACUUUGAGGGAUUUCUCAAUGGUAACUACCACAAGUCUGUUUAUGAAAUUGAAAACCAUAUUAUUUCUAAAAUAUGUAUCUCAUAAAGGAUAGAUGCGAUGAUUUCAUCUUCGCAACUUCUCCAGUUAGAAUGAAGUUGGUAAGCCAAACACAAGAUGUGAUGAUUUCAUCUUUGCAA